GUUUGCCGCUGUGGUUAAACGUUUUGGCUUGCUUGGAGUUUCUGGCAUGUAGACUAGUUUUUGAUGGCAAUAAGCCCAGAAUCAAAUUUCGACCUCAAAGCAGAUCCUGGAAGCGCAUCAUUUUCUGAUUCUGGUGUAAGCAGCAGUUUCUCUUUAAAAACUAAUGCGAGUGCCUCUGUCUCAAUCAUUCCUUCCCCUCCGUUAUCUGGAUUUCCUGGAUGCACAGAUUCAAAUGGUUCCCCAUCACUUGAUCAAUCAUAUCUAAAUUUCCAAAAUAAAACGUACCCAGGAUUUUCGGACUGUAGCAAUUUACCUAUGUCUGCUAAUCAUCCAUAUCCUUUGCCGUCCAGACAUUCUUUUCCCCAGGGUUUUUUACCAAGUCCACCGUCAGCCUAUGCUUCAAGUUACACCUCUUCACAUGGUGUUUCAAAUUCGUUCUACCAACGUCAGGUUCCGUCCACUAUUUGCUCAGCUCCUAACAACAGUUAUGGUCUGUCACAGAUAUUUCCUCAUGAUAUGUUACAAAAUUCCAUGAUUGUCAACAGGGAUCAACACAACGGUUCUGUUGGUUCGUUAGAAAGUCAUUUUUCCCAACAUCGUGACCAUGGACAGUUUCCAUAUUCAGAUCCGUUCCAUUCUUCUGAUUUACGUCCUCUUCACAUCACUACGUCACCUCGCCAGUUAGGUCCUCACAACAGCCAUACUAAUAUGGGUGAUGUAACUUGUACAGAUUCUCUUGGAAAAAUUUCACCUCGAGAUUCUCCUAACGGCGUACCCGAUCAUUCUAUUACGCCUUGUGGAACAGUCAGCUCUGGUCCUGGGUCAUUGGUUAACUGCAGAUCGUCUAGAACCAUAGAAAGAGGUUCUGAAGUAUCUGCUGCUGAUAGUAAUUCUAACGUUGGAUCCAUAAAGGCAACAUUCACUCCUUGCAAGGUAUGUGGCGACAAAGCAAGUGGCUACCAUUAUGGGGUGAUUUCUUGUGAAGGUUGCAAGGGUUUCUUUCGUCGAAGUAUUCAAAAACAAAUUGAAUAUAAGUGUUUAAGAGAUGGAAAAUGUCUUGUAAUACGUUUAAAUCGUAAUCGUUGUCAAUAUUGUCGUUUUCGUAAAUGUCUUGCUGCUGGUAUGUCAAAAGAUAGUGUACGAUAUGGUAGAAUGCCUAGACGAACACGUGGUUCUGACUGUGGAAGAGAUAAUUCAGACCAGCUAAUGUCAAUACCGCAUAAUUCAUCUACAAAUUCAAUGAGAAUUGAUUCAACUAUUGGUAAUGGUAGUGGACAUGUUUCAGCUUUUAUUCCACCACCUUCGUGUACAUCAGAAUUAUCAGGUAAUUCGGUAGUAGUGGGAGCAGCGGCUGUGGCAACGACUACAACAACCACAACUACGACUACUGGUCGUUAUGGUAUAUGUAGUAGACCGGGGAAUGAUCAUCUUGGUUUAUAUGAAACUAUACUAACUAUAAGUCAAGCUUAUCAAAAUUUCUCUCCAUAUACCGAUGAAAAGAUUAAAGUUAUGCGAUGCAGACCAAUCACUUUGUCGAAUGUAACACGUGAAUUUUGGCCUGAAAAAGUGGAUGAGCAUCGAUUACGUAUGCAUGAAGAAUUAAGUCAAUUAUUAGCACCAUGUAUACAACAAGUUGUAGAAUUUGCUAAACGUAUCCCGGAAUUUAGUUCACUUGGUCAACCAGAUCAAUUAGUAUUAAUUAAAGCGGCAUUUUUUGAAGUAUGGCUUGUUCAAGCAUCACGUUUAAUAUCAACACAUGAUCGUAAAAUAACAUUGGCUGAUGGUAAACAAAUUACUAAACAAGAAUUAGAUUUUAUAUAUUCACCGAGUGUUGUGUGUUCAAUUUUCUCGUUCUCCGAAAAUUUCAAUUCAUUAGUGCUGAACGACACCGAAGUUGCUCUUUGUUGUGCUGCUGUCAUCACUAAACCAAAUCGUUAUGGUUUGAUUGAACCGAAUAAAGUAGCCAUUAUGCAAGAUCAUCAUUUAGCUGCUCUUCGUAUGCAAUUAGAACGUAAUAGACCAAGAGAGUCUACCUUAAUUGGGCAAGUACGAAAUGUGAUUAAUCAAGCGACCACAGUUGGGGAUGAAGUACAAUUAUGUAUUCGAUGGUAUAGAGAAAAUUGGUAUCGUACACGAUUAGCACCAUUAUAUGCUGAAACAUAUGAUAUUCCACAUGAAGAUACUUCUACUGUACCUAUAUCCAAUCAUGGUGCAUCAACACCUCUUCCUAAUCCUUCUCAACAUACAGGUAAUUCAUAUCCUAUAUGCCCAAAUAUUUCGUCUGUUUGCCCACAAGCUAUUCCAUAUGGUGAUGUCACAAAUACAACACCAUUAAAUUAUGGUUCUUCAACAGCAUCUAUUCCACAAGCUGUUCAUCAUCAUUAUCCAAAUCAAUCUAUUAAUAGAUCGGAUAUUUCCAAUAUGAUACCAUCUUGUUCAAUUAACGGAAAUAUGGUUUACUGCAAUAAUAAUAACAAUGGAAAUAGAAUUCAAACUGGUAAUAUUGAUCAUUGUUCUUCUGAUGGUCAAAUACACGACGUUACUCAAAAACAAAACUCACAACAUCAAAUUCAUCAACAAUCACAUUUAAUUCCAGAUUCAUCUCAUAUGAGAGGAUCUUAUUCGUCAACUACAAAUUUAACAUCAAAUUCUGAUUCACCUUUAAAUAAUCAAUCACAUGCAUUUUCUGGACAAUUUAAUUAUCAUGAUAAUUCAAUAACCUAUAAUCCAUCCAAUUCGAAUACAUAUUCAAAUUCCAGAGAUUGUUCUCCUUCUUCUACACAAAUGCUUUCAACAAACUACUUGGUGCCAUCACCUCAACAACAACAACAACACCAACGAAGUCAAGUAUCUGUUUUACAAUCAUCUCAAUACUCUUGUUCUUCAGCAAUAACCUCACCUCAACGUCAAGUCACCUCAUCAGUACAAUCAACAGGAAUGAUAUCGACACAAAAUCAAAAUGAUCAUAUGAGUUUAAAUAAAUCGGUAAUUUCGGUUAAAAACCAUAGUUCACGUUCUAAUACUCCUACAUCUUACAAUAAUAAUAUAAUUCAUCCUAGUAGUACAAAUGAAAGUUUGCCGCCUUUAUGGACAAAUAUGAAUACUGACAGUAAUAAUAAUAAUAAUGGUAAUAAUGGUCUAAGUGAUCAUGCAAUCAGUUCAAAUGGUGGGACACCAGAAAUCCAACAGCAAUCACAUCAUCAACAAUAUCAUACCUCACCAAUCUCACAGUCAGAUAUAAUGAAUAAUACUCCUGACACUAAGCAUAAUUUAAAUGCAUUAUCACCUAUUAAUGAAACUUUAUCAUGCGAACAACAAGAUACAUAGAUAUCUAGUGAAUUAUUAUAAUUCGUGAGUUAUACAGCUUAAAUAAUCUACUUUUCACUUAUAUGAUAAAUACAGUGUAUUCGGUGUAUAUAUACAUUUAAAACAUUUAUAGCUUAUAAAAGAACCACUGAAUAAGUUAUACAGGGGUUAAGCAUAAGAUAUCAUGUAAAAAUUUAAAUCGACCGAUGAGUUUAUGUAACUUUGUUUACUGAAUAACACAUUUUAUAGCUAUCAGUUAUUUCAGCGCAAAAUACUGGUCGAUGUAUUAGUAAGCUAGAUAAAGUCGGGAGGUGAACAAAACAACAUAGUCUCUAACUGUUUUCUUGAACCAUAUCAUGAGAUGUGGACCUCCUUAUUGAUCAUUUUAAUAAGUUGUUUUGGGGUUAUUAAGUAAUAUAACUCAGGACCGAUGAGUGACGUAAAUAAAUUCAUUCUACAUAUUCCUCUUAAUCCUAAGCAUUUGUAUUAUUCCAUGCUUUUUAUUUCUUGAUUUUAUUUUUUCGUCCUAAAUUGUAUUCUUUAUGUUCACUUUCUUCUCUAGAAGUUGUCGGUAGUGUAUUAAUUAUUUCGAAUCAUUUCGCUUUACUUCUUUUUCACUUCUUGUCAGUCCAUGAAGUCAUUGACUGUUAGUCUGAAGUAUAUUAGUAGAUGGAGAUCACCUGGUUAUGGUCUGUGUGAUAACCUCAGUCAGUGGUUGAAGACUUCGGUUGACAUGUUUCAGGAUCGUUCACCCUUUAUCUUCCCCUUGAUCUUGAAUCCCAGCAUUUCUUCAUACCUACCUUUCCUCUAUGUUCUCAAUGUCCAGUCGUUCUCAUUAUUAUUUCUACCAAGUAUAUGAUUCUGUUUUGUUUAAAUCCAUGUAUAUAUGUUCAUUGUCGAUAUUAACAAAAAGGGGAAGAUAUAUUUAGUGUCAGAUCAUAUAAUUAAUCAGUAGCUCAAGAAAAAUAAGACAUUAUAAGUCAGUCAGCAACAACGUAGAACUUCAUACGUUGUCAAUACCGUAUUAUUAUCAUAGUAUUACUAAGGUUUUGCAUAGUCUAGUUCUAUACUUCUUGUGGUUACUUUGAAAUUAGCUGAAUUUCAAAGAGGUUUAAUGCUUGACUAAAAGGUUUAAAAUAAAUCAUACUUCUUUGAUUUAUUUUUUUUAUAGUAAUUGUUCUCUAGAUUUCGUUGCUUUGAAAGUUUUGUUAGUAGUGGAUAUACUACUUAAAUAUGGUUUUAUUUUUAUCAAGCUACGUCAUAGAAUUCCUUUUAGAGGGAAUGAUUUCGUAAAUUGACAGAAUAAAUACACAGACAAUAUAAUUCUAUUUGGUGGAAAUAAUAAAAUGCUGUCUUCAAGGUGACCUUACAACUUCUACUAUUCGGAAACUUUUCGUGGUACUGUUUCAUAACUUUUUAUGAAUUAUAUUCGAAAACCUAAUGCUGGGUACAGUAAAUUAGUGUUAUUAUAUUUGAUACUAAGAAAUGAGAAAUAAUGUUCGUUAAGCGUUUUUUAGCGAGUUAGUUUUCUACGGGUUGGGGUUGCUAACCCUAUACCCGACCCUCCUGCUUUAUCCAGGCUUGGGACCGGCAGUAGCCCCAGAGGGGCCUCAGGAGGACAUAGUAUUCACUAAUGGUAGUCAUCAGAAGUUAUAAUAAAUAAAACUGGGUAUGAAAAUGGGUAUUCUACUUUCUAAAUUGUAUAUAUUCAAGGAUCCACUAUGUUGUUAGUGGUUUCCGAUUUGAAACAAUCCUUCAUCAUAAUUCAAAAGCUCAUAAUUAUUGUAUCUUCUUUCGUUUAUUUCAAUUUGUAGGAAAUUUCUCUCCGGAAUUAUAUGUAAAAUAAAACUUGCCAAUAAUGACUAUCCAAAUUCUUAUCAUUGAUUAACAUACAGAAAGAAAUAAAACAAUUCUUAAGACUUUAUUUUAUAAUCAACAUAUUUGUAUUCAAUCCUUAUCCUUGCAAAUUGAAUUCUUCUUCUAAUUCUCAGGGAAUUCUCUAAAAGAAACCAACAAUUUUAUUUCUAAGCAUUACAUAAUAG